CUGGGAAUGCCUGGAAGCGGCGGCGCGCGGAGCCAGGAAGAAGAAAUUGUCUAGACGAAUAACAUGAGGUCAUAUAGAAUCCCACUUCUGGUGAUUUCAAGUCAAGAAAGUAAAAGUAAACCAUUGCUAUCUUUCACCUUAAAUAUCCUGUGUUUUAUUGCUCAGAACAUCCAGUUUUUCUAAUACUCAUGAUGUCGGAAGGGAAACCUCCUGACAAAAAAAGGCCUCGUAGAAGCUUAUCAAUCAGCAAGAAUAAGAAAAAAGCAUCUAAUUCUAUUAUUUCGUGUUUUAACAAUGCACCACCUGCUAAACUUGCCUGCCCCGUUUGCAGUAAAAUGGUGCCUAGAUAUGACUUAAACCGGCACCUUGAUGAAAUGUGUGCUAACAAUGACUUCGUUCAAGUGGAUCCAGGGCAGGUUGGCUUAAUAAAUUCAAAUGUGUCUACGGUAGAUUUAACCAGUGUUACCUUAGAAGAUGUAACAUCAAAGAAGUCACCACCACCAAAGACAAAUUUAACCCCUGGCCAAAGUGAUUCAGCAAAAAGGGACAUAAAGCAGAAGACCAGUCCCUACUUUAAAAGUAAUGAUGAUGUGGGGUGCAAAAAUCAAGAUGAGCUGAGAAAUCGUAGUGUGAAAGUCAUUUGUUUGGGAAGCCUAGCAUCUAAAUUGUCCAGAAAAUACGUAAAGGCUAAAAAAUCAAUAGAUAAGGAUGAAGAAUUUGCCAGUCCUAGUCCACAGAGUUCCAAAGCCACAGUUGAUAAGAGUCUGGUUGAUAACUCUUCAGAAAUUGAGGACGAGGAUCAAAUUUUGGAGAACAGUUCUCAAAAAGAAAACGUGUUUAAAUGUGAUUCUCUAGAGUGUAUUCCUGAACAUAUGGUAAGAGGAAGUAAAAUAAUGGAAGCCGAAAGCCAAAAGGCUACCCGGGAAUGUGAGAAAUCAGCCCUCACCCCUGGCUUCUCAGAUAAUGCGAUCGUGUUAUUCUCACCAGAUUUCACUCUUAGGAAUACAUUAAAGUCUACUUCGGAAGACAGUGUUGUAAAGCAAGAGUGUAUCAAAGAAGUGGUUGAAAAACGUGAGGCAUGUCAUUGUGAAGAAGUAAAAAUGACUGUUGCUUCAGAAGCUAAAAUACAGCUGUCAGAUUCAGAGGCAAAAUCUCAUAGUUCUGCAAAUGAUGCUUCUGCAUGGAGUAACAUCCAAGAGGCUCCUCUGCAGGAUGACAGUUGCUUAAACAAUGAUAUCCCUCGCAGCAUUCCUUUGGAGCAGGGGUCAAGCUCUAAUGGUCCUGGUCAAACAACCGGUCAUCCUUACUACCUUCGGAGUUUCCUUGUGGUGCUAAAAGCUGUACUUGAGAAUGAAGAUGAUAUGAUGCUCUUUGAUGAGCAGGAGAAGGGAAUUGUAACUAAAUUUUAUCAGUUAUCAGCUACUGGUCAGAAGUUAUAUGUAAGGCUCUUUCAACGUAAAUUAAGCUGGAUUAAGAUGACUAAAUUAGAAUAUGAAGAGAUUGCCUCAGACUUAACACCUGUGAUUGAAGAAUUGAAGAAUGCAGGCUUUCUGCAGACAGAAUCUGAGUUGCAAGAACUCUCUGAAGUGCUUGAACUCCUUUCUGCUCCUGAACUAAAAUCCCUGGCCAAGACCUUCCACUUGGUGAAUCCCAAUGGACAGAAACAGCAGCUGGUGGACGCCUUUCUCAAAUUGGCCAAACAGCGUUCAGUCUGCACUUGGGGCAAGAAUAAGCCUGGAAUUGGUGCAGUGAUUUUAAAAAGGUUUUGUUGGCUAUUGUUACAGUAAAAACAUUUAAAAUGUUGAUAGUGCAUAUUAACUUAUAGUAGAUUUUAUACUUGAUUGAACUGUAAUUGUUUAUUUCAGUUGUGAUUAGAUUGAGAAGGCUGGAAAAGCCUUAAUUGCAAUAGCCUGGAUUCUUUCUUGGGUUAUUAUUCAAAAUUUUUGUCAUAACACCAUACUGAUUUCCAGGACCAAGAAAAAUCGGAAGGCCUUUGGUAAAUUAUGGUAUUUUAUUUUCCGAGAAAAAUACAGUUUUAAGUGAUUCUUAUGGGAUUUUAGGGUAAACUAUUCAGUCAAAUUUUUAUUUUAGUAAAGUUUUUGUUUACUAAACAAAGUAUAAUCAGGCAGUCUUAAUGUGCAAGAUUUCCUGAGUUUAAACGUAACAGUUUACCAAAAACUGUGAGUGGCUUCUUUUGUCUUUGAGAAGCCCUUUACCUGUUUCUGUUGAAAAUUACAAAAACUUUUAGAAUUGAUUUCUUUUGCCCACGUUAUUUAUAUAAUCAAACUAUAUCAACUUUAGUCUGGGAAUUCACUACUGUGGAGUCGAGGAUGAAAUGAGAGGAUGUUUUUGAAAACACUUUAAAAUGAUGUUGUUAUUUAUUUUAUAUAUUUAUUUUGUAUAUUUCAGUUGUUGUGAGCCCAUCCUUGUUGGAGAGGUGCUAUAAAUACUAAUCUUUAAUGAAACAUAGGUAUAAUAAGGCAGACAUUAAGUAAAAUAUCAAUACCAACGCUUGAAAAAAGCUUGUAUUAUAGAUUUUUAAAAAGUACUUUAAUAAAUUACAUAUUUGUAAUUAAUUGACUUGA